CCGCCAGCUCAAGGAGCUCACAGAGAAGGGAUGGAUACGGCCUAGUACCUCCCCUUACGGUGCUUAUUUGUUCCUAAGAAGAGAGGUCCAUUAAGGAUGUGCAUUGACUAUAGGGGCCUCAAUGCCAUCACUGUUAAGAACGCGGAGCCCCUGCCCCGCAUUGACGACCUCUUGGAUAGAGUGCAGGGAUGUCGGUACUUCACAAAGAUAGAUCUGAAGUCCGGAUACCAUCAAAUUGCCGUUAGGCCAGAGGACCAACACAAAUCCGCAUUUCAGACCAGGUAUGGUCUGUACGAGUUUGUGGUGAUGCCUUUUGGCCUCUGCAAUGCGCCUGGUACGUUUCAGCACACGAUGAAUAGGAUCUUUCAUGACUACUUGGACAAGUUUAUCGUCGUGUACCUCGACGAUAUUCUCAUCUUCAGUAGGACUGUAGAGGAGCACGCUGAGCACUUGAAAAUAGUGCUAGGUCUCCUAAGACAACACCAGUACAAGCACUACCCCAACUGGCGCCUUCCUGAUGCAGCGCCUAACAAGGUGAUGGAGAUGGCAUCCACCAUAGCCAGAUCACCCCUUAGCUGGCAAGGACCUGCUGCAGUGCAACAAGAGGUUCUGGACGAUGAGGCAAGGUGGAGGGGAAGAGGGGGCACAGAGAAUGCCGGGAAAGCCGGUCGCGCGACCAAAAGCUUGUCUUUCCUGCAGGCAUCAUCACCUGUUACAGACAGUGGUCUUCCUGAGCCGGCGCAAAUGGUAUUGCGUUUCAUUGAAAAUGCAACGCAGCGCAAUGCUGUCUGUGCAGAUGCUACCCCUGCUGGAUAUUACAUUCGCAACUACACUGGUAUCACAAAAUGGGUGAUCUUUUUGGAAGGCGACCCAAACGUUGUGGAGGAGCAAUUUGUGGUGAGCAGGUCGAAGGUCCGAAGAAGGUACGCGAUGUCGUCCACGGGCUGGGGUCCGACUUUAUCGGGGUACCUGAUGGUGUCUCCGUAUUCGACCGAGAACCCAACCUUCUACGGGUUCAAUCAUGUGUUGCUGAGGUAUUGCAGCCAAGACUUCUGGAUGGGCGAUGUUUCAUCGUCGGAAGUAAAUGGGACUGGCACUAUGCGAGGGUUCCGGAUCUUGCAAGAAACUCUGGAAGAUAUCCGGGAGCUCGAACGAGCGACAGACAUUGUCUUUGCGGGUAACAGUGCAGGUGCAAUUGGGGUUAUGAAGCAUGCAAACUGGAUGUAUCAGUACCUGCGGAGCUCGCGCUUCAGGGCAGCGUCCAGCGCUUCUCCGUCGCUAAAGAUCAUGUUAGACUCGCCAUUCCUGAUCGAGCACGGAGGCAUGCUCAAUGCUGCUCGAGACUCUAUUCAGCCGAUCAUCGAUAGCGACCCUGAUUGUAGCUUGGUCGAUGGUAUACCAUGCUGCUUACUGCCAUACUGCAUGCUGGGAUCGAUGAAAAGGGAAAGCAACAUGGGUGUGUUCUUGACGGCGAGCCAGUACGACGGUUAUGUCUUGUUCCGCGCGAAGGGGGAGGUGAAGAACUCGAAGAGCGCUCAGCAGAUUGUCUCCAGCAGUCACAUUCAGCCGCUCGAUUACUAUCUGUUCAUGGCGGAUAUGGUUGGCUACAAAGAGUCUGUGGGGCAGACCCUUCUUUUCGAUGCCAUCGCCAAGAAUCCUUUGAUAAGCUACUUCAUGCCGGCAUGCCUCCAUCACUCUCUUCUUCCUCCGACAAACGACUGGUUCCACCGGCGGGAAGGAAUGGGUUUUCGAGAGGACGUCAAUCUCACUUCGUGGUCGAUUGUUUCUGUCGAUGGUCGCACUCUUCGUGAUGCGAUCACCAAAUGGUUCAACACGACAGAUCUCACAUCCAAGGCGGUAACGCUAACAGACACCUGUCUCGGUGCGCUGUGCAAUCCAACUUGCCUGACGACGUACGAUGUUUCUGCCACCUCAUCUCAUAUGCUGGAUAGGCCGAUCUGUUUUGGCCUGCUCCUCCUCGUGUACGUAUUCUUGCUCGCACCGAUCGUCCUGGAGCUUGUAAUAGUGGGAAGGUGGUGCAAAAUGUUGAUAACGCAGCAGAAGGUGUUGAAGGUCAGGUCUGUGGAAAGGGCGGAGAGAGAGGCCCGAAGGGAUACCUGGAGGGAAGAGAAUGAUGUUUCAGGAAGUGAUGAGAUUGGCGGCGGCACAAAGAAGGAAGGGGAAAUCAGCAGUUUCGAAGACAGGCCGCUGUCAGGUGUAGAACGAGGAUCGUCGGCAUUAGAUCGCGACUUUGGGGGUGAUGCUUUGGAGGUGGCGCUGGAGGACCAAGUGUACAUCACGUUCCAUCAACUGUCUUACUGGGUGGAUGGGCCGAAUGCGAAGAACGGAGUGAAACCCAAACAGAUUCUGAAGAGGGUGUCGGGUGCGAUCAAACCGGGCGAAUUGACUGCCAUUAUGGGUCCUUCAGGCUGCGGCAAGACGACUAUGCUGGAACUGCUGAUGGGGCGGCGACGUUGCGGGGUUCUCGGCGGGUCCAUCAUGGUGGAUGGGGUGCCGUUCGAGGAUCAACGGGAGUGGAUGGAGGCAAAUGCUGCGUUCGUGAAGCAGGAGGACGUCGGUUUUGCCGAACUCACGGUCCGAGAGAGCUUGACGUACAGCGCCAUGAUGAGGCUGCCACGGACCAUGGAUGAUAAGCAGAAGCUCAUCAGGGUCGAGCAAAUUAUCGAAGAGCUUGGGCUCAGUGAAUGCGCAGACGUUAUCUAUGGCAACGAGAGUGGCCCUCGUCUGAGUGGUGGUCAGCGAAGGCGCCUUUGCAUUGCCACCGAGUUGCUCACCCUCCCUGUCGUUAUAAUGCUGGAUGAGCCCACUUCCGGUCUCGAUGCCACAGCAGCCCUUGAGCUGACUCAACUGCUGUUGAGGCUUGCUCAUACGGGGAGGACAGUAGGGAUGAUUGUGCACCAGCCAAGGAGAGAAAUGUUUGAUAUGUUCGACAGGCUCAUCAUCAUGCUGGAUGGCCAGAUCAUGUUUUCUGGAAAAGCAAACCUGGCAGCUGAGUUCUUUAGCCAUGUACUUAUGGAGGAGCGGGAGGAGAGUUCCAGCAUGAGCGGAAGCUCGUCGCUGAGCCUCGGGUCCUCGUCCACAUCCCCCUUGUUGCUGGGAGGUUCUGCCUCGCGUCACAAGCGCUCCAGUCUUCCUGAGAAAGGGACCUACCUGGCCGCUGCUGCGGCCAACCCCGCCGAUCUCCUCAUCGACCUCCUAAAAUCGGAUGGCAAGCGCCUUAAACGGUUUGCGACCAUGAAGUCGUUUCGCCAUAUCAGACAACGAAAGCUGAGCAUGACCGCCUCUCCCAAGCACGAGAGAGGUGGAACCUCCACCCCUCCCAGGUUCUUCCUUAGUCCGCUGAUACUGGCCCGCGUUCCGGGGGCCCAGAGGCUAGCAGAAAUAUACAACCCGGGUAAGAACUCUUGGAAGUCGUCAUGGUUCACUCGGCUCUGGGCUCUGGAGGCGAGGGUGUUCACUCGUGGGGUUUGGGGUUGGCAAUCGAUCCUCAUCUUCCUUGUGGCUGGGGUCAUUGGGGGUGUCAUCUGGAUGUCGGCGGACCGCGUGGCUGUCCUCUCCAUAGCGAUAAUGGCAAUCAUUGCGAUGCCCCCGUACGUGAAUGCGCCCUACAUUGGCGAUCUCUUCUUCAAAGAGCUGCCCGUCUUCCGCUUGGAACAGGCGGCUGGCGCUUGCGACGUCUUCGAUUUUAUUGCCCAUCAUGUCAUCCACAAUGGAUUCCUGUGGACCAUCGCGGGCCUGGUGUGGAUCACCCCCAUGUACCGAAUCCCGCCAAUAGCGUACGAGAUGGAGCGGUACAUGGUCUGCCUCGCAAUUUUCCUCACCAUGAUGCAGCUCUCUGCAAGGAUUUUGAUGCUCGUCUCCACGGUCGUCAAGACAUUUGAGGCAGCAAUUCUGUACAACGCCAUCUGGCAAGGUCUGAGUCUUGCGCUCGCCGGUGUUUUCGUACCCAUUGCGUACAUACCGAGCUUUUUCCGGUGGGCGAUAUACCUAUUUCCCAGUUAUUUGUGUUUCUCUGCUGUCUGCGAAGUUAGUUUCACAGGAAGGGUCUGGCAGUGCGAAAGCCCAUCGCCGUUGCAGUGCCUCUCGCGCACCGGCGAUGCGUGGCUGAAGUUCCUUGGUUUUGAAAGCAUCAGCGCCUGCACGCAUCUUGCCGCGCUCUUUGUUUAUCAUUGGGGCCUCGUUUUCGUCUCCUUCUUCUUGCUGGCCGCGCCCUGGCGACAAAAGUAUCCGAAAAAAUGCACAGAGGACAUGGAUCGUGCCGAAAACAAAGCGAUAAUGGGCACAAUAACCGAGAGUUAGUUGAGAGUUAGUUUAGUUUUCUUUUUCUAUUUCCUUAUUUUUUAUUAAUAUUGCUUUUAUUUAUUUCCAGACCACUGGGCGGGCACAAUGAUUGAGAGUUUUGUCUCUUUUUCAAGUUUUUCUGUUGCGAGAGAGUUAGUGUUUUUUUCUUUUUUUCUUUUUUCCGUUAUUGCUUUUCUUUCCAGACGAAGCGGAAGCUCCUCUGCUGCCACGGCCAUCUCUCUCUUUCCUAUGGGCACAAUAACUGAGAGUUAGUUUCUUUUUUUCUGUUCCCAGAGUUAGUGUCCUCUUUUUUGUGUCCUCAUUGCUUUCCUUUCCAGACCAAGCCAAGCUCCUGCCAAAGCCAUCUCUCUCUUUCCUAUUUCGUUUUUUUCCCGAGAUCAGCUAUAAGUUAUUUGUAAUCUGAUCUGAGCGGGCCACCUCCAUCAAGACUGAACCCAUUGUAUCCAUCAUCACAUCAAGCUGCUGCUCCUCCUGCUGCUUCUCUCUCUCUCUCUCUCUCUCUCUCUCUCUCUCUCUCUCUCUCUCUCUCUCUCUCUCUCUCUCUCUCUCUCUCUCNUCUCUCUCUCUCUCUCUCUCUCUCUCUCUCUCUCUCUCUCUCUCUCUCUCUCUCUCUCUCUCACACACACACACACACACACACACACACAUGAUCCAUGCGCAAGAUGGCUUGAUUGCCCAUCUUCGAUUUCCAUGUUUCCACCAAGAGCGGUGGUGUGUCCCCUUCGGUGGGUGACUGUAGGUGAUGAAUAACUGCAGGAGUGCUUACUCUGAGCUGAGCGAGGACUUUCCUCGCUAGCUUUGCUUGGUCAUAGGUCUGGCUGGUGAUGGUGACGCUGACGCCGAUGCGAUGCAAGGCUGUGGUCUGCUGAUGCUGUCACGUUUGUUUUGUACCUAGACACGCACCGUAGGAGUUUGUCCACACUAUGGACUAUAGAUUCUUCAGGCUUCACAGGCCCAGAUUGAAGUAGCUCACUGUAGCUGUAUAUUUACUAGUUGGUGAACUUUGAUGUGAUGGCUUGACUUUUUGAAUUGGGCGUUCAGUGGCAACGAUUGCCCAUGGCGAGGGACGAUGCCUAUGAAGAGGAGGGAGGGAGGGGACAAAGGGCGUCUGAGGAACGGAGUUUAUGUGCUUCGUGUAAGGUUUUGCACCAGAACGGUUUUUAUUAUUAUUCUGUGGGACUCUUUUCUGGCAGAUGCGCAUGCCAGACGUUUUGACGUUGUGUUCUUCCGAAUCGAGUAUUUUGAAGGUAUCUGGACAGAUGAGUGGAACAGAUACAUUCGGUUCAAAAUGUUUCGAUCGGUCGUCAUCGAAUGGGAGCAUCGCUGCGCAGUCGUAGCCCUUGCUGGCAGCCUGUGUUUCUGCUUUUUUUUUUAACCGCUAAAAGAGAAACAUUUCAUGGGGGGCUUUUUGGUGUUUUGGAGCACGACCACCUGACGUCAAACUGCACAGGCGCAACCAACGGCGGCAGCAGAAGCAACAGCAGCAGCAAGGGGGAUGGCGAUCAAUCAAGGCGUACUCACACU